AUGGUUUCAACGGCCGCGUUUUUUCAACCGCAGUGGAAAGCAGACACUAUGAAAAUCUACGUACAGGAUGGGAAGCAAAGAUCGAUGGAAGAGGAUGAAGAAUGGUAUAAUGAAAUUCGUGAGGUGAAGGGAAGUAAUUGUGAAUGUAGAUCAAAAGCAUGGAAUUUACUGGGAAGUGAAAGCAGAUCAUCAAAAGAUCUGAAUGAUUAUUGCUCACCGCUGAAGGCAUUUGCUGUGUUGGUUAACUUGAGUGUUGACAAUUUUAUGAGUAAUUGGGUAGUUAUGGUACAAAAUACAGGAAGUAAACAUGAACUACAGUAUGAUGAUAAUCUGCUGUGGGCCGUAUUAUCACGGACCAGAAGAGCUACAUCUAUUCCAACCAGUAUGAUAGUUCUGAAAGUGAUAGUCAGUAAAGCAAAAUGUGAUCAGUGA